AUGAACGCGCGAUUGCUUGCGCUACUGGGCGCGGCCGCCCUGGCGGCGAACACGGCGUUGGCCGUCACCACGUGCCCCGUAUCUGUUCAGAGCAAGACAACUUCGACGCUCACACACCCCAUCACCAAGGUGGUGUCGUCCACCUCCAGCGGAAGUGGCAGCGAGGCCACAUCCUCGUCCUCUAGCUCGGGAUCGGGCACCAGCUUUUCGGGCGCAGGCAGUCAGGGAUCACAAAAUGCGGAUGUAGGCAGCUCUUCAAGCUCAUCCACUUCCACGACUGCCGGCUCUAGCGGCGGUACUUCCACCGGCACCAGCACCACAGCUGGAAGCGAUGACUCUACUGGCAGCGCUGGCGUUUCCACGACGACCACGACGCCAUCGACGCCAUCGACGCCAUCGUCCACUACAAAGACCCCGUCGACCACCACAGACACGCCGUCCACCACGACGGCUCCUAGUACCACCACCGGAAGUGCGUCUACUACUACUACCACUACUACGACGGGGUCGGCCACCACUGCUCCUUCCACAGAUACUACGGCGACAGUAUCGACGUCAUCGGGAUCUGCGGGCACGGCGGCAGGCACCACCACUUCCAUUUCACUUGGCGUGCGUAAGCUGCAGGCUACGACCACUACAACAACAGGCACUGCAGGAUCGACCACAGGCACGACCGGCACGAGUACAACGACUGGAGCCACGACGACUACAGGAGCGACGGGGUCGACCCCGGCUACGGGCACGACCGGUACGACAUCGACUACCGGCACGACCGGAACGACAUCGACUACCGGCACAACCGGAACGACAUCGACUACCGGCACGACCGGAACUAACGGAGCUACCGGAACGACCUCGACGACAACGACGACGGCAGGAUCCAGCUCAUCAAUGGGCACAGUGGGCUCCAACUCUUCGGAAUCGGACGUACUAACGUGUGAUAGCAACUUCUACUCGGCGUGGGACACACUUGGCUUGACAUGCGGUGGUUCCGGUAUCGAUGUGGACUCAGCCGUCUCGUCUUCUAGCUGCGUGAUUUACAGCGGGUCCGUUGGCUCAACUUCAGGAUCCACGUGCGUUUCUAUCUGCUCGUUCCCGGCUUGCACGAACAACGCGUGGGCCUACGGCGCAGACAACGGCAUCUCGUCGUCAGUCUACGAUGGUUUCAGCAUUGAAUCGUUCCUCUCAAGUGAUACCGUCGCCGCGUUGACGGAACGUUCGUCAACUGUCUCGACUUUCCUGUCCAACUCGACCAUGUCGGACUCGGAGCAGUGUACGUACUCUUCCGAGUCUUCGUUCUCUUCGUGCACAUGUUCGGCUAUGCUAGUAGACAGAGACAGCACGGGAAGUGUGGCGGAUGCUGCCAAGAAGCAGCAGCGCGCUCAGGAUGAGGCCGAUGGCGUCAUUACGAAGGACAACACGACCACAACCGGUACUGUGGUGGCAGCGACGUCCAAGAGUGUUGCUGGCGUGACUGUUGCAAUCACCGGAAUUGCCGCUAUCGCCAGUGCUGCUGUGGGUGGCGUCAGCUCUGCCGGUGCUUCGCUUGCUGCCGCUGGCUCGACGAUGGCCAUUACGACGGUUGAGAUCUGCCAAUUCGGUGUGCUUGUUAACCAACUUCAGCUUGAAGGCAAGUCAUCAGCUCUGGCCCAGUUCGGUAAAGCUAUGGCACCCGCGGCGUUCACGUUCCUGCCUUUCGGUAAGCUCAGCGAUUCCGACUCGGACAGCAGCAGCUCAGGCAGCGGCAGUGGCAUUGAAUCUGGCAGUGGCAACGUCUCUGGUCGUCGUCUGGAGGGAUCAAGCGCAAGCGGCAGUGGAAGUUCUAGCAGCACCAGUCAACUCACUGGUAUUGAAAGGUACUCUCGCCAGCUGGACAUCAAUGAAGACAUGCUGUUCAUUGUGACACUGGCUGGUGUGUUCUGCGUGAUGGCCGGUGUGGUCGGUCUCUUCGGUAUCGGCUACCUGCUCUCCGGUCUCGUGAUGCCUCGUGAGGAGUACCUGACCAAGUUUUUCGACAAGAUGAUCGGUCUCGAAGUGCUUGUUGCGAUUCUGUCCCAGUAUACUAUCGGUGUGACGGCCACGUUCCAGAUCUACUACUCGACCAAGUACGAGAGCAUCACGGACCCCAAGUGUCUGCUGGCUAUCGCUGCGAUUCUCUUCUUGGCUACUGGUAUCCUCGUGUAUGGCUAUUUUGUUAUCAAGAAGCACGAGGCAGAGAUCACGGAUGUCGGUACAGUGCAGCACAUGAAGAAGACCGUCAACAUGCGCUACGGCCCUCUAUACGAAGAGUACAAGUUCAAGAACCGCUACUUCUUCGCGGCCAAGAUGAUGUUGGCGCUGGCAACUGGUGUGGUCACUGGCUGUGCCAGCAUGUCCGGAAAGGUGCAGGUGUCGCUCAUUCUUGCGCUGAACGUGCUGUUCUUCUUCUACUUGGAGAUCCAGUCGCCACACCACUCCAAGUUCGUGCAGACGACCACGAGUUUCGUGUCCAUCAUGAAGAUCGCUGUGCUCGUGCUGACGUUCUUCCUGAUCACAGCUGCUGCCAGCGACGGCUUCCCCACCAGUCUGCAGAACGGCAUUUCGGUGGCCAUAGUGGGCCUCAACUUGUUCGUGCUGGCCCUACUUAUGGUCCGAUCGCUGUACACGUUCUGGCAGAAGAUGAAGCUGCAGCGCGAUGCUGCGUACGACCAGGAGGAACAGACUGCACAGGAUUACUUCAAGGACGAGACCCCCGCUGGCGGACGCAAGGAUCGUGCUCCCAGCAAUCCCCAGAUCCCGUCAGGUCAGCCUGUUCUUCAGUCUCAGUACUCGAAUGUGAACAACAACAACAGUCCGUACGUCCAGGAUAACGCUACUGUGGACUACAGCAGCGCUGACGAGAUCCGUUUGCGCUCGGCCACGCAUGAGAAGGAUGAUCGUCAGCAGACGUACGACGCCAGUCGAACUUCGGCUGCCAACCACUACAUCACACAGGACCGCAACACGUACGGCCAACGUCGCAAUGAUGUGGUGGAGCUGUAG